AUGUCUCUCCUGCAGAAUGAAGACUUCACAAUCUGGCAGCUGCGUACCUCAUACCUUUCAGUCAUCAAGGAUGGUAUAGGCGAUCGCCUUAUCAACGUGAACAACUCUGUGCUCAACACCCCCGGUUUUCGCGCCGCUGGCUGGUCGCCCGCUGUGACAAAUGCAGCAGCACAGGAUGGCAUCAAGCGUACUUACUCUCCGCCAAUUCCGACGACGGCUACAGUGGCAUCCGAGUAUUACCGCCUCGCGAGAUACGCGCAUAGGGAAGCGAGCGACGGCGAUGGACUGGGAAUCGGGGAGGAUGGAGACGAGGAUGAGGGGGGUAUGGUAACAGGUGGUGGGGGGAGUACAUACACAUUCGGGACAAGACAUCAUGGCAGAGGUGCGCGCAGAAAUCGGCGACGCGAACGCCAGCAGAAUGAACAAAGACAGGGUGAGGGAGAGGAUGAGGAUAGCAGCGACCUUAGUGACGAAAGCGAUGAAGAUGGGGAGUUUACGCAGAGAGCUGCACAGCAGAUCAAGUUCGCAAAAAUGCCGAUAAGGCAUCGAGCAGGGUCCUCUCCAAUUCGAUCUUCAGAUCGUCGCGAUGGGCCGGAAGUGACUGUGACAUCACCAUCUCGCGCAUCACCUGACAAUCGUUUUCGGCGAAGUUCGCUGGGUGCAGUGGAGGUGAUGAAAGUGCGAUCUCGGGGCGAUACAACUACGAGCAGUGAUCUAUCCGACGGCGAAAUGGACCCGUCUCUUUUCAAACGACGCACGAUUCAAUUCUCAUCCGAGCAUCAGGUCAUCGAGGAGCCAGCAAACCAAGAGCCUGAAAGCACUAACAAGGCCAGUGCUGAGAACAGCGAAGCGACUGCUGGAGAAAUGCAUGAGCAGGAAGAAGAUUUUGGAGGGGAAUCGCCCGACUCCGUGCUCUCCUCUGAUUUUGGGGCUACUGCUGGCUCUACCUCCCUACUUGCAGAUGUCGAUAUGAAUGGCACCUUGGAUUCGUCACCCAUCAUGAUGCACAAGCUACCUAAUGCGGGUAGCACGCAGAGUGCUUCGCCCAAGAAGCCAAAAACCUCUGCCCCUACUUUGCAGGACCUUCCUCCGCCGCGACCUAUCAGUACCGUACAACCAGUGAGUCUGUUAUCCAAGGAACUCAAUGCCCGAAAGAAAGUUCCCAGCAAUCCUGUGGAGAAAUUUGCCUCGCUAUGGGCCAAUGGCUCGACUACGGCAUUGAAUGUAAAGAUAUACGCCCCGUUCUCCACCCAACCAGAUAAACCGUUUGAUCUGCCAAUUUUCCGCGAGUUCAAAGAUGAAGAUCACUCGGGACCAGUCACUGUUGCGGACGCUAUCGGGCUGAGUCUGUGGAGAUACAUCAAGGAAGGUCUCAAGCCCCCGAUUGAAGGCGAGAAAUUGAACGUCAACCGUUGGACUUUGCGAAUGGUUGAAGACGGCGAGGUCGAAUAUGAUUUCCCUCCUCUGGGUCGAAAUCUGCCGUUGGCCGAUUUCACCUCGAACAAUAAUCGAGCCGCCGCGCUUCGAGGGCGGAUAAGAGGUAAACCCUACGAUGAAUUCGCGCUGGUCGAAGCCACACAGGCCGAAUUCGAGGAGAAUGAACGUCUUUACCCCAAAUUCAGUACAGGGCAAUCCGAAGAGAGCGGCGAGCAAGCAUCAGCGGCGGCGAAUACGCAGCAGCCAACUGCGGCGCCGCAAAAUAAGCCGACGACGAGGCUCAAUCCUAUCCUCAACCAACCGUUCUCCUCUGCGCUGAAUGACAGCUCGUUGACUCCGGCUGACCGGCCAGCGGUUCCCACAUCCCAUGCCACUCCCCGGAUGGGAGUCUCCAAGACAUUAAAGGUCCGGUUUAUCAAUUCGGAUGGCUCGAGCCAAAUGACGACCGUCAACACGUCCACUGACAGCUACAUCGCCGAGAUCCUUGAUUCCGUCUGCAAGAGAUGGGGCUUGGACAAGGGUAAUUACCUUCUCAAGGUCAUGGGUUCCAAUACCGUGGCGCCAUUGGACCGCACGGUGGAGGCACUGGGCAGCGUGACGGAGCUGGACGUCGUCCGCCGGCGGUUUGGCGCAGGCUCGUCACUGACAGGGUCGCCCGGCAGCUCUUCUCCCAACGCGCCUCUUUUGAUUGACAACUCGAACAAUGCGAACUCGAAGAAAGGCAAGAAGGGGCAUCAAAUGCUUCACCCCCUUGCGCAGAAGCAGGACUUGGUCGGCGGCUAUUACCGUCGUUAUUAUGUCUUCCGCAAACAAUCCAUGUCCUUUACGACUUCGAACCAGCGCGUUUUGGUGCUUGACAAUGACUAUCUACAUAUCAUGCCGGCCGACUCUGGCAAAGGGGUUUUUGAGCACACGGGGAAGACUCGAUCGAUCAGUUUCAAUGAUAUCGUGGGAUCCAAGGUGAGCCGGCGGCAUCCCAAGAGCUUCCGGGUCGUCGUCCUUCGCGGCAACGAGGCCAACGAGCAGAAACGGUACGAUUUCGAGGCUCGAAACGAAGUGGAGGCGGUGGAGAUUGUGGAUGAGAUCAAGAAGAACAUGGCCCAUUAUCGGAUCUAG